AUGAUUCCUAACUUAAUAAGGUUGUGCCGCUCACAAGCUCUCUUACAACCAAUGCCUGUUGUCAGCACAUUCGGCGGAUUUGGUGUCUUUUGUGUAGUAAUGCCAGGCCUUCUUAUUGGAGCAUUUAUUAGUAAGAAUAUUGCAGCCUUUCUGGAAGAAAAUGAUCUUUUUAUUCCAUCCGAUGACGAUGAUGAUGACUAAAGUAUUUCUCAGUACUGCAAGCAAAUAAUUCCUUAU